AUGUCUGCCCACUUCUCGAACCCUCUCUUCCCACCCCACGACGACGCAGACGACCUCGACGACUUUGCCAGUGACAUCGGCUCAGAUGUCUACACCGACAUCUCCAUGGAUCCCUUCUCCCCCAGCAUCGCAAGCUCAAGAACGUCGGCUGAUAUUUCCAUCCGCUCAGCUUCACCCGCACCCUCCGUAUAUUCUCUCACAAGUUCUCUAAGAGCCCAGUCUUUCCGUCACGAGUACGGCAGAGGCCUCAAUAACUACUCCGAAGUAUAUCGUUUGCCUGCAGACGACGAGGAACUCGAACGUCUAGAUAAACAAUACGACAUGUUUUACAGAGUCAUGGGCAAAUAUCCAAAUCCCCUCCCACAAAUACUCGCAGACGACGUUCCUGGAGAAACAAAGGCCGUUUUAGAUCUCGGCUGUGGAAGUGGAAAAUGGAUCAUGGAUGUCGCGUGUGAAUUUCCACACUCGACCGCGGUAGCUGUCGACCUCGUUCCCAUGCAGUCUCUAUCCAUGCCGCCAAAUUGCAGGAGUGAAGUCGACGAUAUUAACCUCGGACUUGAACAUUUUUACGGUGACUUUAACGUCGUCCAUGCCCAGCUUAUUUCUUCAGGGAUCAAAGAUUACAAAGGCCUCAUAGAUCACAUCAGCCACGUCCUCAGACCAGGCGGACUCAUCGACCUCACAGAAUUCCCCUUCACCUUCCACUCCUACGACAAGAAAAUGAUGCUCCCCUCUCCCGACGACCUCCAGGCCCCCUGGGCGCCCCUCUGGAUGUCCCUCGCCAACGGCGCAGUGCGCAAACAGGGCGGCAGCGCCGACGCGUCUUUCAAUCUGCACAGAUGGAUCUCGGAGCACCCCGCGUUCGAAGAUGUGACGUACAGGGAGUGGUGGAUACCGUGUUCGCCGUGGCUGCAGGGGAAGGACGCGGAGAGCGUGUUUUGGAACGAGAUUGGGGCGACGAUGCGGGAUGAUAUUUUGGUGGGUGGACGGCGACGGUCUUUUUCGCCUCCUCUUUCUUUCCUUUUGCAAGCGGCGUUUAUGAGCUCUGGACGGCCGCUUCUGCUCGGCAGUGGGUAUUCGGAGGCGCUGGUGGACGAUAUAGAGGCAAAGGCGCGUGCUGAACUGCUCGAAGCUCGGACUCCAAGUUAUGUCCAUGUACAAAAUGUGUAUGCGCGGAAGAAACAUCACUGA